AUGCUACUCCACUUCUCCACCACCCUCGGCUUCCUCGCGUUGUUAUCCACCAGCUCUUGCCAGGUUCUUCAACAGGCGAACAGCAGUGACGUGGGCAUCCAAGAAGACUUCUCUGAAGUACCAAUGGCGGUGAUACAAAUGAUCACUAGCGCUGUUUUUGCCGCUUGUGAAGAAGUGAAGAAGCUGGAAGGAGUCGCGUACGAGCAGCUGGCGGGCUACAACGAGCCUGAUGUCAACUCCCUCACUCUUAAAUAUCUGUCACGGAACAGCAACGCAACUCGCACUUACAACAUCAACACAGCAGCUCAGGCCAUAGUCCAGGAAGCCAAUACCUACACCCCUGAUGAGAAGCUCUUCAUCUACAUCCAUGGGUUCACCUCAAACCCAGGCAAAUCGGAUUUUGGGAACGUUAGCAGCGCGCUGUUUGCUAAAGGUGCUAACCACGUGUUUGCCCUGGACGCUGGAUUUCUCAUCCAGUGGUGGUACCUCCGCUCCACCAGCUACGUCAGGUUCAUUGGCCAGAAACUUGGGGACGUGCUGGCUGCUUUGGUUAAGAACGGGAUCAGUUCCUCAUCCAUCCACAUAAUAGGACACAGCCUGGGCUCCCACAUGGCCAGCUUCGCCGGGAAGACGUUCCAGGGGGCGACGGGGGAGCGCGUGGGGCGCAUCACCGGCUUGGACCCGGCGGGACCUUGCUUUGCCCAGGCUGAACCGGAAUUGAGAUUACAGGCCUCAGACGCAGAUUUCGUGGACGUGAUUCACACUAACGCGGGAGUGAUGGGCAUUGACGAACAAGUUGGUCACGUAGAUUACUACCCUAACGGGGGUUCCUCCCAGCCGAACUGCAACGUGUCUCCACGCUGCUGUCACGGCAGAUCCUGGCUGUACUUCUGCGAGUCUAUCCUGGACCAGCAAGCGUUCCCGGCUGUGAAGUGCGACAGCUGGGACUCGUUCAAAGAGGGGAAGUGUAGUGGGGAUAUAAGCUACAUGGGCUUCGGGACCAAUACCAGCUCCCGCGGGAAGUAUUACCUGCAGACUAGCGGGAGCUCUCCGUACGGUCUCGGAGACAAGGGACUGAUGUAUGAAGAGACUGGGUUCAGUGGACUGUUUUGA